CGGGAACGCCGAGCGGAUGCGGGAGCGGUGCCGGGCGCUGGGGCUGCGCCUGCGGCCACACGUCAAGACACACAAAACGCUGGAAGGCGCUGCGCUGGCCACGGGCGGGACCCGCCGUGGGAUCGUGGUGUCCACGCUGGCCGAGGGGCGGUUCUUCGCGGCCGGGGGCUUCGACGACAUCCUGUACGCCUUCCCGGUGCCCGAGUGGCGCCUGGCAGAGUGCUCCGCCCUGGCCCAGCAGCUCCAGGCCUUCCAUCUGCUGGUGGACAGCCCGCGGGGGCUGGAGCUGCUGCAGCAGAACCCCCUUCCCGGCGGGAAGCGCUGGCUCGUGUGGCUCAAGCUGGACUGCGGGAACGGCAGGGCGGGAAUCCGCCCCACGGACCCCGCGGCUCUGGCCCUGGCCCGCUCCAUCGCCCGGGGGGCUCCGGAGGUGGUGACGCUGGUGGGGGUGUACGCGCACUGCGGGAACACCUACGGCUGCGGGGACACCCCCGCCGUGCAGGCCAUCGCCAGGGACACCACCCGCGCCGUGCUGGCCUUCGUCACCAGGCUGCGGCAGGAGGGGAUCCCGUGUCCCGAGGCCACCAUCGGUUCCACCCCGUCCUGCAGCCACCCGGUGCCGGAGAUGUCGCAGCUCACCGAGGUGCACCCGGGCAACUACCUGUUCUAUGACCUGCAGCAGACCCAGCUGGGCUCGUGCCGGCCGGAGGAGGUGGCGAUCCGCGUCCUCACCAGGGUGGUGGGGCACUACCCGCACCGAAAGCAGCUGCUGGUGGACUGCGGGUGGGCGGCCCUGAGCCUGCACGGCCGCGACCAGGGACCCCCGGGCUGCGCUGCCGUCGAGGGGCACCCCCAGCUCAGGCUGGUGGGGCUGACCCAGGAGCACGGGCAGGUGGAGGCCGUGGAUGGGGAGCUGGAUUUCCAGCAGUUCCCGGUGGGAAGCACCUUGGCUCUCAUCCCGUACCAUGCCUGUGCCACAGCUGCCAUGCACCCCGUGUACUUCGUCCACGCUGGGGGGAAGGUGGUGGAGCUCUGGCACCCCACCCGUGGGUGGUGAGGAGAGACGAGAGGUACCAGGGGGGUGUGCCCACACCGAGACCCCGCACCCACACGGGGACCCUGCACCCAGACCCCGCACCCAGGAGACCCCACAGCCAGGAGAGCCUGUACCUUCACCAAAACCCCACACCUGACCCCACACCCACAACGAGACCCUUAACCCACACCAAGCCCCCUCAUCCUGAGACCCUGUGCCCACACUGACACUCUGCACCCUCAGCAAGACCCCACACCAAGAUCAGGCACCCAGGAGACCCCACACCCACACGAAGACCCUGCACAUCCACAAAGACCCCACACCCAUGAGACCCCUCAUCGAGAGCCUUCACCCACACCAAACCCCUGUGCCCAGGGCAGCGUCCUGCGCCCACCACACCGGGGGCUGCACCCACAGCAGGGGCCAUGCCAGGGUCCCACCUGGGCACACUGCACCCGCUCCAAGGCUGUGCGCCCACACUGGGGGCCCGCACUCUUGUUGGGGUCCUGCGCCCACAGCAAAACCCUGCACCCACGCCACAGUGGAAUGAUGCACCCCCUCCAAGACCCUGCACCCACCACGAGACCCUGCACCAAACCCAAGACCCCCCACCCAUGCCAGAAUGCUGCCCCCAGCUGAAAUCCUGUGCCCACCCCAGGGUGCUGUCCCGCCACCAGGGGUCAAUAAAGCUUCUUCUCCCGCUUUCA